UCACCAAAUUUUUAUAAAUCUAUGCAUAUACUCUUCUCAGCUUCGACCUUUCUUGCAGUAAUUUCAACAAAAAACUUACCUGCCUUUUUUGACUCAACCCCAAAAAACUUAUCCCACUAUUCUUGUCACAUUCUCUCACCUCUUACUUGGCCUGAGUUCUUGGCAGUAGCUGCUAAUGGCUUUCUAGCUGAUCUGUUAAUCUCCAAUGAGCAGCCUCCCAAUUGCUGACAGUGGAGAUCUGAACCUUACAAACAAGCAUUCAUGUUAGAAGUUGAGAAAAAGAGGAGAGAGAGAGAGAAUCUGAAAUGGUGAAAGUUGGAGUUUAUGUAGCCCUUGGUAUAAUAGGGGGCCUCCUGGCCUGCAUAGCAGUAGGGGCAGCUUUCAUCUACACCAACAGGAAGAGAGAGAGGGAGAGGGAGAGAGAGGAGGGCUCCAUGAUCAAGAAUGGAGAUUUGGAGCUGCAGCAACUGAGUUUGAGCAUCAGAACCACCAGUGAAAACACCAAAGUCUCAUUUGAGGGAUCUCAAUACAAUUUCGAAGAUCCAAUCACCACCACUGAUGCCACCACUCCCCACAAGAUGAGGAUUGAGUACUACACAAUUGAGGAGCUCCAAAAGGCAACAGAAGACUUCAAUUUGAGUAACCUGAUCGAGGGAUCGGUGUACCACGGCCGUCUCAAGGGGAAAAACUUGGCCAUCAAGCGUGUCACGUCCGACACAAUCUCGAAGAUCGACUACCAAAUUUUCCAGGAGAGGAUGCAUCGCCAUCCCAAUACAAUCAGGCUGUUGGGCACCUGUGUGACAGAGGGUCCGGAUUCUUACAUUGUUCUUGAGUACGCAAGCAAUGGCUCCUUGAAGGAUUGGAUCCAUGGUGGAUUGGCAAUCAAGAGCCAUUUUAUUGCUUCUUGCAACUGUUUCUUGACGUGGAAUCAGAGGGUGAAAAUUUGCCUCGACGUAGCCACAGCCCUGCAAUACAUGCACCACAUCAUGAAUCCCUGUUAUGUGCAUAGAAACAUAAGAAGUCGAAACAUAUUUCUCAGCGAAGAUUUCAGUGCAAAAGUUGGAAACUUUGGCAUGUCCAAGUGUGUUACGCACGAAACAGAGGAUCAAGAGGGACAACAUAAUGCUGCAUGUGCAGGAUACUUACCACCGGAGUAUCUGAAGGGAGGCACAAUCUCCGCAGGCAUUGAUAUAUUUGCAUAUGGCGUCGUCUUGCUCGAGAUCCUGUCCGGCAAACCUCCAAUAGAAGAGAUGGAAGACGGGAAUGGAACGGUUAAGCUAUCUGAUGAGAUAAAGCAUGUCCUGCAGCCAGAAGAUGGAGAUGCAGAACGACUGAGAGGAUGGAUAGAUACCUCAGUAGGGGAGAAUUACUCAUUUGAUGCAGCAGUUCAGUUGGCGAAUCUUGCAAGAUCCUGCGUGGAGGACGACCCGAGCUUGAGGCCUACGGCCGGAGAAAUUGUGGAGAAGUUGCUUAGGUUGGCGGAAGAAUUGCCCGACGAGGAGGAGCAGCAAUUCAAUUAUAUCCCUGGAGAGAGCAGUACAAAGCCCCUUGUCCGGGCGGCUGCAGCGAAGGAUUUGUGAAACCAGUCUUUUCUUCUAGCUACUACAACAUAAUCCAUCAAACACAUGUUAAUAAUAUUGGGUCUUGGAAUGAGAUUUUUGUUGGCAAGAAUGUAGUGUAAGAAGGCCAAAAAGAUAAAAAUGCAAACAUAAGAUAGAUAGUGUUCUGAAAAUGUGUAGUAGAAAACUUGCCAAACUCAUGGUAAUAUUCCAGUUAAAAGGGUGUUUGAAACUGUAAUAUGCAAUCAAAUUGGAUGGAAUGAUGUUUGAUUC